AUGGCUGAAGUUCAGCAAGCUCCGAUGCUCAGCUCAGUCGCACUGUUCGAAGAGACUGCCACUGAACCAGGUGCAAAGUACGGGUUUUUCAGUCAACAAUUUCACGAACAAAUCGCCAAAUUCCCAUCAUUGUCUCAAAACAAUGGUAUUCCGACGCCUCGACUUACUCCGUCUUGGCUGCAGCACUUUGAGGACGUCUACUUCAGCCAUGUAUACUAUUCAUUUCCUUUUUUGAACCCGGUAGACUGGCACGGUAAACAUCUUGCCCGAGUCUUGACGUCUGGUGCUUCGGACUACAAUGAAGACCUCAAUAAUGCCGAUCCCACAGCGCUAUGUAUGGUCGAUUUGAUCUAUGCUCUUGGAGCGCUGUGGUCGACAAGACUGCAACUGGAACAAUGUCUGCCUGUGUCUGAAAGGUUCUUUCUAGCAGCAAAGAAACUAAUAUGUCUUGAUGAUCUUGAAACUCCGAGCAUGCUUCUAGCACAAACCCUUUUGCUCAUCACCCAAUACUGUGUUGCUCGGACUCAUCGCCAAAGAGGGUUCAUGCACGCCGCCCUAACUUACCUAGGUCUUGCAAUUCGGGUGUGCAGAAGUUUGAGGUUUCCCAGUAUUCAGUACGCUGACACCUUGGCUGAGCAAGAUACUAUUGCCCUCAAGCUCUGGUGGAGCUGCAUAUACUAUGACAUUGUCUUUGCGUCCACAUGUGGUGAACCGACCAUGGUUGAUCCUCGUGAGUACAGGGUCGCAGACAAAUUCCAACUAGGAUUGAAAGACAGCUCCACCCAACGUCUUCACUUCUCUCCAUACAGCUAUUUUGAGAACAACGUUCGGCUUUCGAUUAUGAUACGAAACCUGUGCGCAGAGUUGCACGAAGCAUCUCCAGAUCACCAGACCAACCUCCAAGGACGCUUUUUCAAUGGUGAUUUCAGCUUGCUCCAAAGACACGAGAUGAAUCUCACCAGGUGGUUUACACGACUACCAGCUGAAUUGACGAUCGAAUGCCGUUGCACUAUCUUCGACAAACAUCUAAUGCUUGAACAACGACUAAAUCUUCAUAUAAGGUACUAUUAUGCUCAAAUACUCCUCUACCGGCCUGCAAUAUCAUUUCUGCUUAAGCUGCAAGCCAAAUUACAAUGCGUUGAGGUUUUGGAUGACCAUAACUUUGAGGGCUCAUUUGCUCAAGAUGCCCUCAGACGCUUUGCUUCGAAAUGCCUACAAGCCGCUGUUAAUACAAUCGACCUACUACACACCUACCUGGGAACAGGAGGCGAAAGCAUGACCCCUGUGCGAAACUUCACACCGUUGUGUUUCUACCUCUACAAUGCAAUGCUGGUCAUGAUUGCAGCAAGAUGUUGUGCGAACGAUGGCCUCUGUGAGGUCAACCUCCACAAGAAAUGGCAUCAAGCGUCAAAGAUCAUGCAAUUCUACCAAGCAACAAUCAGUACGAUCGAGCUCCCUUUCAAAUUCUUCGAGGUUAUCAACGAGCGCCUUUUUCAAGGUGCCGACGAAGGCGAACCGGCUGCAAAUCUACAGCAAUUUUCAGAAAGCUGGAAUAUGUUCGACUGGUAUCACGAAGAUGCUGCGUUCAACCAAGACGAAUCUCCGCAGCUGGUCCAGAAUCAGGCUGCACAAACGGUGGACACCAUGAGCUCCCAAUGGCUAGGAAGUUUCUUAAGUCUGUGA